AGCAUGAGCCAAUGAGCAUAAAAAAUGGCGUUGUUUGAUGUUGAUUUGUCCUUUUUAAAAAAUAUUUAAUUAUAAUUUAAAAAAUGAUUCCAAAUACGGGGUUACUAUUAAGUAACAUAUUCGUACUAUCUUUCCUUAGUUUUAUAAAGUGUGAACUCUUCCUUCAAAUAAACCAAAUAAAAUAUGAUAACGAAAAGGAUAUUAAAGGGGCAGUAGUUGAAGUGUUUGGCUCAAAUAUAACUCUAAAAUGCGAAAUUGUUAACGACAUACAAAAUGAGACUUAUGAUGAUCACCUCUUGUGGGUGAAAAAUGAAGGCAGUUUAAGAUUUAAGAAUGAAAAUGACCUACGCUUUUUGGCUAAGCAUUCAAAGAAACUUAAUCAGUAUAUUAAGAAUGGAGAAGCAAAUAGAGCAAUUUUGCACUUUGACAACUUCUCAAAGAGACAUGAAGGACUGUAUGCUUGUAUAAGUCUGAAGUAUAUGCUUUUCAAAGUUAUUGAACUGAAAGAGGAUGAUUUUGAGAAGACAAUUGUACAACUUAUGGAUAGUAUUGAGGGUUAUCCUGUUGAUAAACAGCAAAGGACUUUUAGGUUUUGUAACCAACAUAUGUUUACAUGUGUCCUUAGUACAGCCUGCAUAAACUAUCAUUAUGUAUGUGAUGGGAAAAAGGAUUGCAGUGAUGGAUCAGAUGAAACAUCAUUACAAUGUAAUGGAGAUCCAUGUGAAGGCAAAAUUCCUUGUGAAGAUGGUCGUUGCAUCCCUACAGAUUGGUGUUGCGAUAUUCGUUUUGAUACAAACUGUACUGUAAAAGUUAGACCUUCUUGCUGCCCUCCAUUGAUAGAGCCAAUAAGUUAUGAAGAACAGAUGAGAAAAAAUGCCACAGUGAAGAGUAACAGCACUCGUUACCUUUUCAUAACAAUUUGCUUAAUCAGCACGUUUUUGUCUGUCCUACUGCUCAUUUUAAUCCUGUCAAAAAUAUGCGGAUUCGCUAGCAAAUACUCGUAUGACAUGAGUUCAAGAAAUAUCAUGUUCGGCUUGUCUCGACAGCGUCCCAUUUUAGUCGAUGGCACGAUCGUUGCACGUCACAGUCGCAGACCACCAAGGGGCGAGUGUCAACAUACUGAAUGCGCUAUUCGACGAGAAUUCCUUCGUUCGUAUUCGUGCUCUUACCGCCCUAAUAUGUCUGGUACUUCCCCUCAACGACACGACGUCGACCGCCAGAGCGACGUGCUAGAUCCACUUCUGAAUAGGGACUCCGCUUACGGAGACUUUGUACAUAUCAUUGAAAGCGAUCAGCCCCCUUCUUACGCCGAGGCAGUAAAAAACAGCUGCUCUGUUGGUCCAUCUGUAUCGUCCAGUUUCAGUGUUAAUACUGGAUCUCACUUGAAGGAUUUUCGUUCGAGCAGCGACCCUCAUUACAGUUUAGUCAAUACUUCGAGCACUCCUCCGCCCCCAUAUUGCAGCACUGAGGCUUUACAGGACACCAACAUGGAAGGAUCUAAUAGUAACAACGGUAAUUGUAACAGGGACAUUGUGUAAGUUCUACAAACUGGCGUCGUUUUUUAAACGCCACAUUAUCCUUAAAAUGUUGAGGUUUGAGAUUUAGUAAGGCAUUUUAUUUCUCAGAAUUACGUUGCUUCUUGUUAUUAUACUCAGAUCUUUCUGAAAAUUAAGAUUUCAAUUAGUCGUUUAUGAAGCGUCGAUUUUGACGACGUAUUUUCUGAAGAUUCAUAAAUUUCUUCAUUAUUGUUGAAGUUGGGUACUGUUUUUCAGCGUCAUACUUUUAUUUUUUCAUUGAGGUAUUAGAUAGUCGUUUAUGAGAAGAUUAUAUUAUUUUCCUGAGGCGUUGAUCAAGUUCAAUUAAAAUAGUGCAGUUUCUGAGCUUCUUAUUGUCUCUUCUGUAAAAGUAGUGCUGUUAUCUGUAGGUGUUUUGUCGAGACAUUGUUAUUAAUUAACAAAAGAGCGUCAUUUCUGAGCAUAAUAUUGUUUUAGUCACUGUGACAUUGUAGUAUUUAUAACAAUUUAUUGUUUAGAAUAACGUGAAUGAAGACUUUAUUGACGUUUGAUAUAAAAUGAUGUUGUUUUUGAGCAUCACAAUACUAAUAAGAUUUAUGUUGUUACGAAUGCAGGGUCGUUUGAACAAUUUUUAAUAGAGAAUGAAUGAGGCUGCUAACGUGUAGGUUUUAUAAAACUUUGAAGACUGUUAAGCUGUUAUGUCGGAGCUGGCACGUGGUUUAUCAGGUAACUUUCGAAAUACAUGUAUUUUGAAAGUUAAUAGUUAAAAAUAAUCGUAAAGUUAUGACAUAUUUCCGUGGCUGUGUCAGCAGUUAAUAUGUAUGUCUUAAGAAUUAUAUUAUAUAUAUUAUUACAUAUACAAAGUAUAAGAUAUCUCUUCAAUUAUGAUUAUAGGAUUAAAAUGUAAUGGUUCGGUUAAAAGUUUUGAAAGCAAGGUUUUAGAAUUAAUUUCGUAAGACGUUUUGUAACUUUUAGAGGCUGUACUAUUGAUUAAUCAAAAAUGAGAAGUGUGAAAUAUGUAUAGUGAAAAUUAAUAUUAAUUAACAAAGUAAUUGGCUAUUUAAAUAUUAGCUCAAAAUACAGUGAAUAUUCCAAAAUCAAUCAGUUAUAAUGUUUGAGAAACUUUUAUCGUAAAUAAUUUUUAAAUGUUGUAAAUUUGCUCUUAAAUGCAUAUUAUAUUUCAUAAAAAAUCGUUGGGAAUGUGAUAUAAUAUGUUGUUAAGAGUUCUUCUUAGGGCUUUAACAUGAUGUUAUGAUAUAUCAGUCAAGUUAGUCGCAAAUUAGAUGAAAAUAAGUUACAUAUCAUACUCUCUAAUUUUACAGUAAUCACUGUAGAGUUGAUCUGUUUGUUUUGAAAUACGCUGUCAAGUGGCUGCUAAUCAAGAGCUAAAAGAAUAUGAAUUGAUUACGUACAUAUCUGAUUUGUAAUAAAUAACAUAUCAAUUUGUUGAACUUAGAAUUACUAUUGGAAAUUUUUACUGAAAGCAUUUAUUUGGCGCACGUUAUAUUACAAUAAUUCGUAAUAAACCUUGCAAUUUGUUGACCAACUUAUAUAGUAAUUAAGUAUUAUUUUGUAAGAUAUACAUUACUGUUAUAGUUAAGGUAAGGUACGCACUGCUGAAGUUGAAAUAAACAAUAUUUUUCGGA